AGUGGAGAGCAAAGCUUAAGAUCCUGAGACCUUAUCAAUCUCAUCUGCGAGCUCUGCAGACACUUGCACCCGUGCCCCGGCCCUAAGGGAGACCACCUUCCUUCUAGCUGCUUUGGAGUCAGCAUUCCGGGAUCUUCUGUCUCCGGCCAGUUGGGAGAGAGAACGUUUCCUCCUGUGCUUUUCCCAGCCCACAGGAGCGCAGUCUCCACACCCCUUGAGUCUCACGGGUGUGAAAGCUGCUAAUGUCACAGCUUCCCGGGAGCCAGAGCUUUCUCAAGCCUGUCUUGCAAGAUCCUUCACUUCGGCACAAUGAUGUUGCCCAAAAAACUGCGGCUGCUGCUGUUCCUGGCUUCCCAGAUAGCCAUCUUCGCUCUCUUCUUCCACCUGUAUGACAGCUCACUGCCCAGGAAGGAGCCCAGGCCGGUGCAUGUGCUCAUCCUGUCUUCCUGGCGCUCUGGCUCUUCCUUUGUCGGGCAGCUUUUCGGACAGCACCCAGAUGUCUUCUACCUGAUGGAGCCGGCCUGGCACGUGUGGAUGUCCUUCACACAGAGCACUGCCUGGAGGCUGCACAUGGCAGUGCGCGAUCUGCUGCGCUCCGUCUUUCUGUGCGACAUGAGUGUCUUCGACGCGUACACGGAUCCCGGUCCUCGGAAACAAUCCAUCCUCUUCCACUGGGAACACAGCAGGGCCCUGUGUUCCCCGCCCGCCUGCAACAUGUUCCCUCGGGACAAGAUCACCUACCACGCUCACUGUAAGCUCCUGUGUCAUCAGCAGCCCUUCGAGGGCGUGGAGCAGGCCUGCCGCUCCUACGGCCACGUGGUGCUCAAGGAGGUGCGCUUCUUCAACCUGCAGACCCUCUACCCGCUGCUCACCGACCCCUUGCUGGACCUGCACAUCGUGCACCUGGUGCGGGAUCCCAGGGCUGUGUUCCGUUCCCGAGAGCACACCACAGCGGAGCUCAUGAUUGACAGUCGCAUCGUGUUGGGGCAGCUUUGGCAAAAGCUCAAGGAGGAGGACCGGCCAUAUCACGCCAUGCAGAUUAUCUGCCAAAGUCAGAUGGAGAUAUUCAGGGCCAUCCAGUCGUUGCCGGAAGCCCUGCGGCAGCGCUACCUGCUGGUGCGCUAUGAAGAUCUGGUCCGGACGCCCCUGGUCCAGACUUCCCGGUUGUAUAAAUACGUGGGGUUGAAAUUCUUUCCCCAUCUCCAGUCUUGGGUGCACAACAUCACGCGGGGCAAGGGUAUGGGUCAGCAUGCCUUCAACACAAACGCCAGGAAUGCCCUCAAUGUCUCCCAGGCUUGGCGCUGGUCCUUGCCUUAUGAAAAGGUCUCUCGACUUCAGGAAGUCUGUGGUGAUUAUAUGGAUUUGAUGGGCUACCUGCAUGUUAGAUCCCAGGAAGAGCAGAACAACCUUUCACUGGACCUUCUGUCUAGCUGGAGGCCCUUGGAACAAGUGUACUAGAGGCUGAGGAGGCUCCAUCCCCAAUGGUCCUCACCUCAGCUCCAUCCCCUGGAUGCUUCUGAGCCUUAACUGGGUCUCUGUAAAUAUGCACGUUGCAAAGGAGUUGCACCCACCUAUGCUCAAGCAGAGGAAGCUUUGUGUUUACACUCUGGUCUAAAAAAGCAACUCAGGAACCUUAUGCGAGCAGCAAGUUCCACCAUGAAAUGUCAUGCUGCCUUUCUUUUCCUCUAGAUUUUCUCUCUGUGCCUACCUUGGAGGCUGUUGGAGUCUGUUAGACACCAGGCAGUAUUGGUGGAUGGAGUAAACCCAUAAACCUCCUUGCCUAUAUCUUGCCCAGUGGGAAAGGGGAGAGACAGUAAAAACACAGGGAAAUAGGUCUCUCGCCAAAGAUUUCACCAUUCCAAAGACAUGAACUAAGUCCCUAGAGUUUCCAGAUUAAAGGAAGGAACUGAUGCCCAUCUUUGAGCUUGUGGUCACAGUCCUCAGUUAUUACAAUCACAAAAUUUACUGUGCACAGCAGGGCAAGCUCUUAAACCCGGGGAGUGGCCAAACUCUAUUCGGAUGUCACUUCCCCUGGUGUUUUCCUGUCACACACAAAGACUGAUCUGUGAAGCUG